AUGCAUGUAUUAAUAUGGUUAAAAUCACAAGUCUCUCCAAAAAUCUUUUGGACAUUCUUUUUAACUUUCUACCAUAUUUUUAUAGAGGAUAUUUUUUAAAAAAAAUUAUGUAAUUUAUAUUAUUUUUAAUACAUCAAAUUAAAUACUGCAUAAUAAAAUAAUAUAAUUAUUAACAUAAAUAUUAUUAACACAGGUAUUAUUAAUAUAUAAUAUUUUAAGUUUUGGUUAAAUAGGAGAUUUGUUGGGUAUUUUAUUUAAUACUUUAACAGUUUCCCUACAUAUUCUCUCAUCCUAUCUUUUUUGCUAAUUGCUUCAAUCAAUGGCAAUGAAAUUCUUCCUUGUUAUUCUUCUUGUCUUCCCAUGUCUUCUUUCUCCUUUUACUUCUGCUGAAUCCACUGAUUUCGAAUAUUGCAAUAAAAGGGCCAAUUAUGAUGUGAAGGUCAGUGAAAUAGAUAUAACACCCUAUCCUGUUCACGGAGGUAAAACGACCACAUUCAGUAUUAAAGCAAAAACAGGUAAGAAUCUCACUGGAGGAAAGCUGGUGAUUGAUGUCAACUAUUUGUUCUUUCAUGUCCACCAUGAGGCCAUUGACCUUUGUAAUGAGACAUCUUGCCCAGCAUCCGGUGAUUUCGUGAUUUCUCACUCACAAGCCUUGCCUGGAUUUACUCCACCUGGAUCAUACACUCUGACAAUGAAGAUGAUGGAUGAAAAGAAUGAGCAACUGUCAUGCAUAAGUUUUAGCUUCAGCAUUGGGUUUUUCGAUGAAUCCCAGGCAUUGGCAGCAUCUAGCUAAGUGGUCGAAGAAUCUAGUCAUAAUAAAUAAUGGUUCUCUAACACUCUCUCUGGUUAAUGUAUAACACUCGUAUUGUGUGGUCUGUUGCUCUUUCUUGUACCUCUUUAUACAGUAAUACCGAUACUGCUGGCUUUCUCAGAGAUGCAAGAAAACUGUGUUUCUUUGUCCUCGGUGA